CUCAACCAGUGGACUCGCCACAAUAACUAGUAUUUUACAAAUUGUCAUGCGCAUGCGUAUUAAUAAGAAACUUGAGUCGGUAUUACUGAAUUUAGGCUCGUGCAGUUUUAUGUCGCUAUUGGCUGGAGAGGCGACAAUCUGCGCUACUUGUCCCGCCUCAGUGUUAUGAACCGUUUCCUUAACCGCUUGGAUUCCUCAACAGCACAGCGGUGUUUAUUAUUUACCCUAUUAUAUCUCUAAUUCACAGACACGUAGUUCAUGGAGCUGUCGAUAGACCUUCCAUAGCCAAAAGCGCUGUCGCUCUGGACAAAUGAGGAACUACAGAAUCUGGAUGUGUUGCUAUGGCUCUCGGAGUUGACAAGGCUUUAUCAGACACCUCCUCGCAGAUGGAGAACAAGAGCUAUGUGAGGUGGAAGACCAGUAUCCCAGAGUUCAUUCGCAGCGGUCACUCUAAACCCCUCAGUCAAAAGGCAACUGAGAAGACAAGGCCUACAAAUGUCCAGGGAGCCAAAGACUCAGACAAAGAGAGGAGUGGCUGCAAAAAGACAGUCACCAUGGCACCUGUUUCCAGGUAUAUGACAGACAGAAGCCUCUAUACCAUGAGGAAACCACUGAUCUCCACACAAUGCCAGAUGCCCAUCCUGAAGAACUCAUCCACACAUGAAGACUCGGAGAGGAUCAGUUACAAAGCAGAUUCCUCUAAAGAAAAGGACAAAAGUCUGCCCAAAGAAUCAUUCAGAAGUAUCACACAAGUUUCUCCAUAUUAUAAACCCUCCCCGGCAUUAUCCAGAGAAGACCUGGAUACUUCCAUGAACGUAUCGGACCUCAGACCAUGGUCACGUGACAAGGAUCCUAUUUUUAACACUUCGGCUGCUAAACGCAGUUUGUCCAGUCCCCCUUCAGCUUCCUUGAGCCUCACAGAACCCCCAGUGCCUAAGUGGAUGUCCACUCCUAGAAGCGCUUCUCACUCGUCCAGUCAUACGUCUCAUUUCACAAGAAAGGUAAAAACAAGAACAGGUGAGAUGACGGACACAGGAAGAGAUUCUCUUCUUAACACAGGAUCUUCUGAGUUUUACAACAAGAACCAUCAACGUGGGUUCAAACACAUGUCACCUUAUCAGGCCAACUAUUGGGCAUGUGCCAUCCCCAAAUCCAUGCCACCCUCCCCAAACCGCAAAUCCCCCAGCUGGGAUCCUGAAAAGGAAUACGAGGCGCUCCUAGACUACACGUACCCUCUGAGACCCAACAUCACAGGCACAAGCACAUUGGGUUCACCAGAAGGAGAUCUUCUCUUACGAAAUGAUCUGUUGUUGCAAGACUCAGGCAUUGAGUUGGACCGCUUUUGCAGCUCUUCCACCCUGUCCGGUUUGGACUUAUCCCAUACAGGGACUCGGCAGGGAUGGGGUAGUCCAGGAACAGGUCGAAAGUCAACUGAGUUUCAUGCACUAAACCAAUCACAUUCAAAGACCUCAGACGGUAUCAUGUCCAGUAGCCUGUACUCCUCACUAGACCAAGCUGGCUUGUCAGUUGAGAGUCUAGACUACGACAGGCAACCAGGGGGUCAUUACCGUAAAUUUGGCAUCUUCUCAACGUUCAGAUCUGUCCCCACUUUCAUUAGUUCAACACAUAUCCUUCCCCGUCCUAAUGCGCAAGACGAGUUAGACGAAGAGUUCCUUCGCCUACCAGAACGUCUACAGGAACUUCAGGUGCUUUCACAGCAACUGAGGGACAUUAGUGACCAGAUAAGCCAGCCGGUCAUCACCAGCUGGGAAUCCCUGGAGAGCGGGAUUACCUCCAUUAGAUCGCCAACGGUUCAAGUGGGAAAGCAUGAACCGUUGAUGGAAGAAAGGGGCAAUGAAGAUAUUGAAGCAGAGAGGGCAUCUGAAGUUCCUCUCACACCUGAGGAUCAUUUAGAGAAAGCAAAGGAGCCUGGUACCAGAAUCCAGAUGAUUAGCCCAGACGUGAAUCGAAGGAACCUGAGGGAAGUGGAAGCUAUUAUGGAUCAGCUGAGUGGACUGUCAAUGUCAGAGCUUCAGAGGACAAUACAAACAGAUCAGGAUGAAUAUGAGACCCAGGAGUCACUAAUGCAGCACAUACAGGUAUUUUGCUCAAACCUAGAAAAGCUGGUUCAGUGGCUGCACAAGGUGGUAGAGAAAGUAGAGUUUCUAUCUCCUCCCAUGGUUGAAUUGGAGAGUGUCAAAGCCUCCUUGGCUGAUUACAAGAGUUUUCAGGAAGAAGUUCAGGCUCAUAAGCCCCUCACAGCAGAUGUUCUUCAGACUGGAGAGAUGCUUUUGCAUUGCAUGAAUUCAGCCUCUCCGUUUCUGAAAGACACACUGGUGCUGAUAGAGAGACAGUCUCACACACUGGAAACUCAUUCAGAGUUUCUUUUCUCCUCUAUUCUGUCAGCCAUGGACUGCCUCACUGACCCUAGAUCUGAGGAAGCAUCAGAAGCAAUUUCCUGAGAAUUAUUAGGAAUCUGAGAAGGCGAAUGUCUGGUCUGCACACUGUCUUCACUGAGACGUCCUUUUUGGUGUUUUCACAUGAAAAGCACUUCUAACUAGAAUCAUGUCACAAAUAUCUUUGUUUUACACGUUUACUGAAUCCAGAACUGGUGUUAGGUUCUGUUGUCACAAUUAUCUGUCUCAACAAAUGUGUUAAACUUUUCACUUUGUAUUUUUACAUACUGUCUAUACAUAUUGUAACAUACUGAUGUCAGAAAAUGUCCUGAGAUGGCUUAAUUUAGUAAUACUGUUCGGCUCUGCUGAAGAUGUGCACAAUGCACAUACAUGGUGCCAAUCGUGAUUGUGAUCUCAGGUUAUUACCCUAUUAAGUUUUAAUGGAGGACAGCUCAGCCUUCAUUAGCAUCACUGCAGCUUCAGUUUCUCUUCUGAGUAACCUGUGCCUCGAAGAUAUAUUGUAUUUUUUGACUGAUAUUAGUGUCAGUAAUGGUAUCAUGACUGAAUAUAUGAAUAAUCUGUUGGAUGAGCAUUCAUACUUUUUAAAAUGUUUCUGAUUAGGAAUAUAUUUUUUAUUGUUCACCCAAGAAUGAAAAUGAUCAUUUACUCACCCCUGUCGUUCUAAAACUAUGAUUUUCUUCUGUUGAACAUAAUAUAUAUAAAUAAAGAAAUGAUUCAGUGUUAUUUUUUCUCUACACAAUGCAAGUCGAAGAGGGCCAGUGUUGUUUAGUUACCAACAUUGUUCAAAUAUCUUUUUCCUGUAGCUCAGUGGUUAGAGCAUGGCACUAGCAAUGCCAAGGUCAUGGGUUCGAUCCCAGGGAUUGCACACACUCAGAUACAAAUGUAUAGUAUAAUGCAAUGUAAGUCGCUUUGGAUAAAAGCGUCUGCCAAAUGCAUAAAUGUAAAUGUAAAUGUAAAUCUUUUGUGUUCCACAG